AUGCAGACAGGUGGCUUAACAUCAUAUUUAAAAGUUGGGGAUUCGAAAUGUGCAGAAAGUUCAAUUAAUUGGUUUCGUGGUGCAAUUGGCUUAGCGCUGAUACCGUUACAUAUUGUUGGUGAAACAUGGGCUAAUAUUAUGUCAGAAUAUACACCAGAUGAUCCAGCAGCCACAAUAUUCAAUGAUUAUAUAACCGAAACAUAUGUUGAUGAUGACGCUAUAUUUCCAUCAUAUAUUUGGAAUGUUCAUGAUUUAAUUAUUACUGAUCAGCCGCGAACAAAUAAUCAUGUCGAAGGUUUUCAUAAUCGAUUAAAACAGCAUUUUGGUGUUCAUCCACAUAUUUAUCAGUUUAUCGAAGCAUUAAAAGAAGAAAAUGAAUAUAAUUAUACACGUUAUACAGAAUCUUUCACGCAAACGGUCAAGCGGAAGAAAGUAUACAAUAAUUGUGAUAAUAAAUUGAAGGAAUAUUUUAAAAGAUAUGAAAAUGGUACUUUGUCCGGAACUGAGCUUGCAAUCAAAUGCAGCAAAUGUGUUAAUACUGUAAAAUUACCUGUUUCAUUGUAA